AUGGCCCUGAUGCCCACAUCCGCUAGUCGGGAAAUUGCAUGGACCGAGAUGACCAGCCUAAGUUGUGUCCUGCCCAAGUUGAGCGAAAACGCGCUCGCCGACCUCAACGACGUCUACAGGCUUCCGUCCCUGUCCACAUUAGAUAUCUCCAAGAACAAGUUUGAAACGCUGAUCGCCCCCUGGCACGAGAUGGCAGCCCUGAAGGCGCUCGAUGUGGCCGGCAAUGCUCUUGCAGAGGUAAAGGCGUUCAAACCCCUGGAGGUGAUGGCUGCACUCAGGAGCCUCAGUGCUGCGGGCUGUCCGGUGGAGGAACAGGAUGGUGUAAAUAUCCGCCUCGAGAUCCUGAUCUUCCAGGGUCAGCUGCAGACCUUGAACGGUGAGGAGGUCACGCCAGAGGAGAAGGAGGAGGCAAAGGCGCUUCAUGAAAAGCGCCUGGAGGAAGAGGCAGAAAGACUCCGCCAGGAGGAAGAGGCAAGGCUCGCUGCUGAAGCUGCUGCGGCCGAAGCCGCUGCCGCAGCCCAAGAAGGCGAAGGUCAAGCUGCAGAUGAGUGA